AUGUCGCAGCCACCGAUGAUGCUCAACUCUACGCUGCCUGGAGUUGUCUUGCCGCUAUCGGGCUCGGACGCGAGUUCAUCGCCAGCAUCUGCAUCUUACUCCCGACCUCGAGCGGAGACGACUGGCUAUUUGAGCACGCUGAGCAUGUCCGAGGCCCGUUUAUCUGAUAUCGUCUACCAGACUGCUUAUUACUCGCGCUCUUCCCCUUCCCUCGUCCCGCACUCUAGGAACUCGUCAAACGCCAGCUCGUCGUUUUCGUUCCCUUCUGCGUCCUCGCCCGCAGAUAGUCCCCAGUCUGCGACAUCGGUCACCGUUCCGCCAGCCUUUAAAUCGGCGCCCUCUGUCACCCGUACGACAAUCCGACGCGCGCGAACAGGCACUUCACCAUACCCGAGAGAACCACAUAUACACUCCAACUCUGACGUCUACUCCUCCUCGAGCGAGGCUGAAGAUAUGCACAUGUAUUCCUCUCCGUACGCCCAUCCGCCGUCCUCGCACCACGCCGCCGCCCAACACGGUUUGCACCACCACGAUCCAUAUGCGUCGAGCAGCUUGUACAAUAUCCCCCCCAGCGUCACGGGCCAUAUCGACCCCAUGCAGUCGAUUCAGCACCAUCAGCUUCAUCAUCCUCAACACCAGCAGCCACAGCAAGCCCCUGGCGCAUCCCCCUCGCAGUAUGGCGGCGCCCGCGCUGGCAUGCACUCGACCGAUCACAAUCUCGAGCAACUCGCCAGCAACGUUCGCAGUGCGACUACGACGAGUGCCUCUGAUCGUGCGAAGCAGAUAUUUGUCCAUGCUUGGUUAAACGCAAAUUAUACACCUUAUGCGGACGGCAAUGUCCCGAGACAAGGCCUUUACUCCUCUUACCGACGCGUCUGUGACCAAUAUGGCAUCCCACAUAUGAACACUGCCACACUCGGAAAGGCCAUCCGUCUAUGCUUUCCUGCCAUCAAGACCAGACGAUUGGGCGUCCGAGGUAACAGCAAGUAUCACUACUGUGGCAUAAGACCCUCGAACACGACAGAAGCCGAGUGGCUUCAAGAUUAUAUUCGGAAGACAAACACCGCGGGUAACAAUAAUACUGGCGGCGAAGCAAACCUUGGUCGAGCCAAUUCCCACAGUAGCCGUGGUUCUGGCGCCGGGGCCGGAGAUUCGGAUGAAGACGAUGAAGGAGAUUCACCAGACGCACACGGGUGUUCUUCCACCCUCGUUGGACGACAAGACCCCACGACAUCGUCGGUUUUGGCAGCGGCUCAGAAUGUCGCACCUUCGUCCAUGCUCGGCUCUUCCUCGACCGCGGGAUUGCAGUCUGCCUCGGUUCGACGACGAAGCGCGCAACCCGAGUUUUCCGGCAUGCAAGUGCCGACGCCCACCUCUGGGGGCCAGCAAAGUCCGUUUACACCGCAGCAGCCCGUGCCUCCACAGCAGCUAGGUCAACCCACAUACUCUAUUCGACACUUGCCUUCGUUUCCCAAGAUUGAAGAGGCACUUGGCAACGCUGGUUCGUCCCCUCAGGGUGUCGCCGCGCGAGAAGUCUGGAGAUGGUUUGAGGAUCACUUGGAUGCGCUUCUCGAGUCCACCCGCGCAUUGAGGUUUGAUCAGUUUGAGCUGCAUCUCCGUACAUUCUGGGCCAGUCUCACCGGCGAUCAUCGCGAAGUCGUGCAUGCCCCCGCAGUAGCGGGAUUGAUGGCAAAAGCCGAUGCACUGUUGUAUGAUGAAAUUCUUGAAACACUCCGAUCGCAGAUCCUGGCCCCUAUCCCGACCCCGGCCCUUGCCAGUCUGCGCGGGUUGGCAGACCAGAUGGAAAAAGUCCUCUUGUUGGCGUUGGAGAAUUACGGCAGUACCUUUGUUGAACCAAAGGUGGAACUCGGGGCACGGUUUGGUCACCUGGUCUUGCGAUUCCUGGACAUCUAUCAAGUCACACAAGCGCUCGCGACGGUCUUGCAAAAUCCCAAGCAGCUCGCGGACAUGCGUCGGGCUUGGUCUGAAAUCGACUUUGAAUCUGUGCGAAAUCAAUCGGCGCUCGUGUGCAAUUGUCGACAUGAAGACUUGAUUCAAUUGCUCGAGGUCGAUUUUGUCGCGUUGAUCGAUGGGUUGCAGCGGAGUGCAGAGCCUGUGAGGGAUGUCAUGCUUUGGGCGGAUGAUUGUUGUGAGCGGCUCAUGGGCUCGAGUCGGGCGGAGGAUCGCUCGACGUUGAGCUCGCGUAGCGUCUUGAUUCGCUGGGGAUAUGUCACUAGCCAGAUCAUGAGAGACUUGACGAUUCGUAGCGAUCCUGCGUUUGGAGCCUUCCAAAUCCUCAAGCUUUUCCUCGACGAUUGGAUUGCCCUCAACGUCCUUCGAGCAGUCGCGCUCUCUACGAACAGCGUCGCUGCUUCGGUCGAGCCAGUCAUCCAACAGCAAUUCUUCACCAUGUCACCACCCGAGUUUGGCGCCGGUCCUACGGGAAUGACGGCUGCGACCAACCCGCUCAUGGAUCACAGCCAAAACCCAUCCCUCAUGACCACGCUGAACGACUCGCCAUUCGCUCAACCCGAUACGUCCUUUUCCUCUUCGUCUCUCGACGGAAGUUCCUCGUCCUACGCUGGAGGUUCCGCCUUUGGCUCGCUCGACGGGAUGAACUUUAUGGACCAUCACUCUGCACACGGUGGUUCGGGAGGCAUGGUCGGAAUUGGCGGUGGUGAUUCGCUUCUUGGUGGAUCUGGUGUGGGCGAUAUGGGCUUUGGAGACCCGUCUUCGGGCUUUGAUGUUGGCAGCUUUACCAGCGAGUUUGUCAUGUCGUCGACGGGUACGCCUGCAGAUUCUGCCGAUUCGGGACCUGCAAAGCACGAGUCGCCUGCGCGUCCUUCGAGUUCGUAG